AUGACGACAAUUUCCCUCUCGCUAGCUCCGCCGGCAAUUGUACGGCUUCAUGAUGUGCUCAUAUGCCUGGCCAAAUUCAGCGACACAGUCGCCAUUGAAGCAGAGCAUGAUCUGCUUCGAUUGAGUGCGCUGAACUCCACAAAGACAGCAUUUGCGUCGUUUGCGUGUGAGAGGGAGGUAUUUUUCGAGGCGUACUCGUUUGAGGUACGGCGGAGUAUAGCCGGUAAUGGAGGGGACCGGUUCUAUUGUCAGAUCCUUAUCAAGGCACUCUUGUCUAUCUUCCGUGGAAGAGUCGACCGUAACAAGGACACGGCGGUUGAGCGGUGUGAUAUGGAGCUUCAUGAAGAUCCAGAGCAGACGGAGUGUCGACUGACAGUCAAGAUGAUCUGUGGACUAGGCGUGAUUAAAUCAUACAAGCUCACGUACGAGCCUGCGUCAAUUCAACACGCCGUCUUUGACAGGAACAGAGCUACUAAUCAGUGGACUGCGGACCCUCGAUUCCUAAAACAGGUCAUUGAGCAUUUCAGCUUGUCUGCGGAGCAGCUUGAUAUGUACUCUGACUCGGGCAAGGCAGUGUUUACCAGUUUUACGACAAAGAUUAUGGACGGAAAAGAGGUUCUCAAAUACCCCGUGCAUACCUCUGUGGCCACUGACAAGCGCGACUUCGAAGAAUUCCAAGUCGAAGACAACAUGCAUAUCGCCAUGAACCUCAAAGACUUCAAAGCCGCCGUUUCCCACGCCGAGACCGCGAAUGCAACAAUCACGGCCCGCUAUACCCGUCCCUGCAAACCGCUACAACUAGCAUACGAGUUCGAAGGUGUAUCCGCCGAAUUCACCAUCAUGACCCGAGGCGAGAUCGACGGUGAGGCAGCACCGACCUCCUCACGUGCGGCGAUCCGAGAGCUCUCACAGCGGCAAACGCCCGCGGUGCCAAUCUCAGUACGCCGAAAUGAGACGCCUCGCGAAGCCACCCAGAAUGAACAAAUGCCCCCGCCUCCGCCACGGGCGCGGUCGAUCAAGCCUCUGAACGGGACAUCAACGCAGGAGCAUCUGUCGCGGUCGACUGCGAGUGAGAGACCGAGUGCGUCCGCACUUUCGAUUGAGUAUGACAGCUUGUUUGUACCUGCGGAUGAUGAUCGCCAGUGGGACGAGAUGAAUGAGGAGGAAGAGGAGCCGCAAGAUAUCUUGGGGUGGGAUGCGAGUGGGCGGCCGGACGCAUUUGAGGCUACUCUUAGAGAUGAGGAGCCUGAUUUCUCGAGGACGGGAAGCAAGAAUAACCACGACGCGAAGGACGAGAUGGGGAUCCCACCGACGCAGCGGAUCUCACAGGUCCGCGGAUUUGGCCUCUUCGACUGA